UUCAAUUCUCUGUUGCAAUUUCUUUCCUUCAUCUCAUUCUGAUCGAACUAGAAAAAUCUGAGAAUACAACAACGUUGAGUCUGUUGAGGUGGAAAUGGAGAUCACAAAAGGGAAAGCAAAGGUACAGGUUUUCGAUGCUGAUGAGGAUCUCUCAAUCUCUCUUGCUAAAUACACUGCAGAUAUGUCAGAGAAGUUUGUUCAAGAGAGAGGGGCUUUCAGUGUGGCUUUGUCCGGGGGUUAUCUUAUCGAAUAUAUGAGCAAAUUAGUUGAACCUCCUCAUGUUGAUUCGGUCGAUUGGGCGAAGUGGCAUGUCUUCUGGCUGGAUGAGAGAGUUGUUCCCAAGGAUCACCCGGACAGUAACUACAAACUCGCUUAUGAUGGUUUUCUGUCCAAGGUUCCAAUCCCUCCUAGUCAAAUUUAUGCUAUCAAUGAUACACUGUCUGCUGAGGGAGCUGCUGAUGAUUAUGAGGCCUGUCUUAAACAGUCAGUAAAGAACAAGGUAUUGGAUUUGUCAGCAGCUACUGGGUUUCCUAAAUUUGAUCUUUUGUUAUUGGGAAUGGGCCCAGAUGGUCAUGUAGCUUCUCUAUUCCCUGGACAUCCUCUGGUAAAUGAGAAGAAGCGAUGGGUUACCUUCAUCAAGGACUCACCAAAACCACCACCAGUGAGGAUUACUUUCACUUUUCCUGUUAUCAAUUCAUCUGCCUAUAUAGCACUUGUGGUGGUUGGACAUAGUGAAUCUGUUGCAGUGCAUAGAGCGCUUGGAAACGAUAGUGAAAGUUCGGACAUGCUGCCUGUUCAAAUGGUUUCACCUGAAGGGGAGACAACUUGGUUUCUAGACAAGGAAGCAGGUUCAAAGCUGUAGGAUUAUGCAGGCCUGUGAUAGUGUUUGGUGGAAUCCUUAUGUUUAGUAGUUUUCUCUGAUAUUUACUGG